AUGCGCUCAGUCGGUCUCAAAUGGCUGCUCUUGGCCGACAUCCACUUCAAGCACCAGGACCUAGAUCGCAUCACCAAGACUGCAGAGUGGAUCGCGUCUGUGGCAGCUCAGCGCCGUGUUCACCGCGUUGUGGUCUGUGGCGACCUGCUCACCACCCGCACCAGCCAGCCCACACACGUCCUCUCGGCCUGUUAUCGCUUCCUGGGCUCGCUCGUGCACGAAGCACAGGUGCCCCACGUGCACGUUGUGCUGGGCAACCAUGACCUAGCCUACCGCCGCGACAAUCUGCGCGCCACCACCGCCCUCGACGCGCUGCGCCUGGCCGCGCCUGCGGUGCAGCUGCAUUGGGAUGUCGGUCAGCACGUGUGGGAUGGCCGCCGCGUCUUGACGCUCCCAUUUCGCGAAGACCAGUCAGAGCUGACUGACGCUGUCGCCGCCUUGCGUGACGAGGACGCUGCCGAGACAGUUGCUUUUGCCCAUCUGGCUGUUCACAGAGCCAUCACCCAGCGCCAUGUCGUCAGGCCCAGCUCGGAUGCCACCAGUCGUAGGACUGGGUCUGUUGCGUACCACGGGCUGAUAGGGCCAGGCUACUUCUCUCGCCUGGCCAGGACGUUCACAGGACAUUUCCACUCGCACCAGUCCAUCUUGCAGCAGCCGUGGUCGGCAUUCAACUCCCGUGGUGGGCGGUCAGACGAGGUCGUGGAGGAGGCAGCCCGCCUGCGUGGGAGCGUUACAUACGUGGGAUCGCCGCUGCAGUUGACCUGGGCGGAUCUGUGGGAUGAGCAGCGGGGCGUCGUCCUGCUGGACCCUCAGACACUGGAUCAUGAGCUCAUUGUGAAUCCUCAUGCCGUAGGAUACGUGACUGUCGGCGUGGAGGAGGUUCUGGGUGGUGAGGCUGACCCGGAGCUGAUCCGUAGCAGACACGUCAUGUUGUUAGGUGAUCUCACACGAUUCAAGUAUGCCGCUGCGAGAGACAAGCUUAUCACUCUCGGGGCUCGCGGCAUCAGAAGCUGGAGUCCGAUCGCGCCCCGAUUUCAGGGCACGGUCGUGGCACAUGGGCUGGGUGCGUCAACGCCUGCCAGUGAUGCCUCGAUUCAAAAGCCAAACCUUGCGUUGGAGAACGAUAUGGAUCAAGCCAACGAACGAACCUCGAUAGACACGUUUGGUCAGGCAUUACAGGCUCAUGAGCCGCCUCAGCCGGAGCAGCUUGAUCUUCGCGAGCAACUGACAAGAUAUGUGGAUGCCCUCGAUCUGGACCAAUCGCUUGAGAAGUCUCGAGAGUUGCUCGUCCAGAUAGGCCAAAGACUAUUAGAGGCUGCAGCUAGCGAACAAGCCGAAGAGGAGAGCCAGACACUUGGAGGUGGCGAGCCCCAGGCUCUUGAUUAUAAGGACAUAACCCCACCUCGAAAUGUGGAUGUAACUGACCCAGCCACCGCCGCUCGAGUGAGGCCAUCGUCACCAAGUCCGACCUUCCGCUCUCCAACUGUCUUCAAUGCCCAACCUCGCUCGCUAAGCAUCACAAAUUUCCUCGGAGUACAAUCCACAAUCCACCUCGACUUCGGUACAGACGUCAAACGAGGCGUCACAUUCCUCGUGGGCGAGAACGGCUCUGGAAAGAGCACCCUCGUCGAGGCCAUCGUUUGGUGCCAGUUUGGAAAAUGCCUGCGCGCCGGAAUCGGUGCCGGCGAUGUGGUCAACGACAAGGUCAAAAAAGACUGCAGCGUGCGCAUGGUCUUUGACAACGGCUACGCCAUCACCAGGUUCCGCAAGCACAAGGAAUACGGCAACAGGAUCAUCGUCGAGCGGGACGGAAAAGUGCUGCCCGAGUUCGAGAAGUCGGAUGUCCGGAGCACGCAGGCGGCCAUCGACGAGUUGCUGGGCAUCAACUACACCACAUUUGUUAGGACUAUCGUGCUGGGCCAUGAGAGUGCCACGAGCUUCCUGAGCUCAACACCCUCACAGCGCAGAGACCUGAUCAUGUCCGUACUCGGGCUGGAAAUUCUAGACCGCUGCGGUACCACUACCAGGCGCCUUUUGCGCAGGAUGGGGGAGGAUGAGGCUCACCUGGCGUCUAGAGUGGCUGGACUGGAGCAGACGAUGGACCACGUGCAGGGGCGCAUCAUGCAGCUGGUCCAGACGAAGGACAAACUACAAACAGAGCUCGCGCACAUCGACCAGGAGAGGCAGGAGGCCCUCAAAGACGUCGAGGAAACGAUCGGACUCGGCACCAAGGGCGAUGACGAUGCUUCAGUUCAGUCUAAGCGGCUGGACGAGCAGAUGUCGACCACAGAACAACAGGAUUCCGAGAGACCAGAAAAACACACCGGUGCGAUGCUCCGCUGGGUACUGACGUAUCUCUCACGGAUGCAUCACAUUUUUCAGUCCAUAGACGCCGGCUUACAAUCAUCCUCUCUACCACGUUGGUCGCCUCGGAUGCUGUGGCAACGUAUUGCGGCGUGCUCUGCGAAAGUAUCUUUGGAAGACGUCGGCGAGAGAAUCGCAGAGCAGCGAAGGCAACUAUCCCGUCUUGAAGACCUUGGGGCAGAGCAGCAUAUCACACAAAAGAUAGCUACUGAGAGGGAUAUGUCGGAACAGGACGUACGGGAUAGCCUCGAGAAGAGAAAACUUCACGCAGCCAAGCAGGCCCGGCUCGGAGAACUCCAGGCCGCCACGCGGGCCAGCUGUGAAAAACUAGCCAUGAUUGAAGAGGUCAUCGACACGGAGACAGCAGCAAGGGAGAACCUCAAGACAGAAUGCGCCACCCUCGCAAAGGAACGGGCAAGCCUGGCCGCAGACCGCGAGCUCCUCGACUUUUGGGCCUCAGCGCUCGCGCAAAAGGCCCGGCGCGUUUCCUCGUCAUCGUCAUCCUCUUCAGCCACCACGUCGUUCUACACUUUCAGGGAAUUCAUUUUGGAGAAAUCCCUGAAAGAACUCAACACCGCCAUCACGCAUAUCCUCACGAUCCUAUUCGAGAAUAGCCGGCAUGCCACUGCACUGACAACGGGAAUGCUGCGCUCUCUCUUCGUCGGCGAUGACGAGGACAAUCACGAGACUGAAAAGGAGGGUGCUGGGCAGAACCAGAACAACGCUGCUGGAGCAGUCGCCCUCGACAGCUCCCUCUCUGUCGACAACCGCCUGUCCUACGGCAAGCGAAGCGGCGGCGAGCGCAAGCGUAUCGACCUCGCCCUCUUCUUUGCGCUGCUGCACGUCGGCCACACGCGGUCUCCGCACCGUGCCCACUACAUGCUCGUCGAUGAGGUGUUUGACAGCCUCGAUGCUGCAGGGCAGGCGGCUGUGGUCAGGUGGUGUGACUAUAUGGCGGAUGCGAGGGUCGCAUAUAUUGUUGUCAUCACGCACAGCGAGCAUCUGGAGAGUGGUGCUGGCAUGGCAGUUUUGUCUGCUAAGAUGGGGGCGGAUGGCGUUGAGUUGGACAUGGAUGGGAGGAGGGUUGGGGGGCCACUUACACUGUGA